CUUUUUUCAUUCUUUUUUUUUUCUGUCUUUUUUUUUUCCCUUUUUGUUUAUAAAUAUACUUUGGUUACAUGUCAAAGAAAGGAAAAUCUGUUAGAAUUUCUCCUUUUGAAGAGGACACACAAUUAUCACAUGAUACCCUUCCUUUAGUUCCUCCACCUGCUGUAGGUCGUUUGAAUAAAAAAUUACAAAAUGAAGAUCAACAGCCCUUUUACAGUAUUGAAAUGCAACAGGAAGACCCAUUCUUUUAUGAAAAUGAUAAGCAUUUAUCAGCGUCGAAUACAGCUUCUAUUUCAAAUACUUUACAAAAUCCUUUUGAACCUAUAAGCCGACAAACUACAUUGGUUCUUCCAGAAGGAGGAGAUUAUCAUAUGAAUGAAACUGAAAAGAUAAUUAAAGAACUUGAAAGUGAUGAAGAAAAACAAAUAGAAGAUGAAGAAGAAAAGGAAAUACAUAAUAGUACUAGCAAUGAGAGUACAGUCAUCUCUGAAAUACUAGACUCAAACGAAAAAAAUAAUGAAAGUAGUGAUAAUGAUUUUGAUUGGAAUGAUGAUCCUGAUCAAGCUGCAAAACCUAAACGUAGAAAGACAGCUAAAGAAAGAUUUCAAGCUGCUAUGAAAAAUCCAUGUUGUUGGCAUUACUUAUCACCUGUGAUUAAGCGUCUUAUUAUUGCUAUCUUGGGUUCUUGUCUCUUUAUUACAAUUGCUGUCGUUAUCUUUGCUACGUUACCUGAACCUACUGAGGCUCAGAAAGCGGAUCCUAAUUUCAAAAAUAUUCGAAGUAAUGUCCAAUGUUGGAUGUAUUGGGCUGCUUUCAUGUGGCAUAUAUUUUGGGUCACUACUUUUAUGUUGGAUUUAGUUCCUUCUAUUGUUUCUCUUUGGACUAAACUUUUUAAAGGAAGAAGAUCAGAAAAAGUCAAAUCCUACAUGGAGUAUUACAUGAGCCUUAAAGGUUACUUUUGUUUGGUUUUGUUAGCAGCAUGGAAUAUUGGCUCUUGGGUGUUUUUAAUUAAUGUUCCAUUUAAUUCAAUUAAAAUUCAUUCAUAUUCUCUUAUCAUUACUAAAGUAUUUGGAUGUUUAUUAGCCGCUUCUGGUUUAUUCUUUUUGCAGAAAACUGCCAUUCAAAUAAUCGCUUUCAAGUUUCAUCGAACUGCAUUUGCUGAGAGACUCAAGGAAAACAAAAAAAGUUUAAAAAUUUUGGAUACGCUUAGUAAAUCUGAGAAAAGAACUCGUCCUGGUUCUGGAGGAAUUUCGGGUAGUAAUGGUUUAUCAAAUAAUCAAGUUAGAAAGCGAAAAUCACCACCCGCUUUAAAGAAAAAUGAUAAUAGGAGUUAUUGGGCUACUGGAAUAGAUAAGGAUGAAAAAUAUAACCAAGAAAGAGGUCCUAUGAUAUUAAAUGAUGAGCCUUAUCAAGGACAAAACCCAGCUUCUUCUUCUUCAUUUUUUUCUCAAUUUAAAAAAUCACUUGCUAGUUUUAUAUUAGCUGAAAAGCCCACGACAACGACAGGUCGUGUUGAUAAAAGCAAGAUGGAUAUUAAUUCAGACGAAUAUGCUAAAAAGGUUGCAAAAAAGUUAUUUUAUUCGUUAGCUUAUCCUGAAGGUUAUUUUGGUCAAGAGGAUAACAAAAAGUGUCUUGAUAUUUAUUCCUUCAUCCCUUAUUUUAAGGAUCGUAAUGAAGCUAUGGAUGCCUUUAAGGUAUUUGAUAAGGAUGGAAAUGGUGAUUUAACUCGACGUGAAUUUCGUGAUACGGUCGUCUACAUUUACCGAGAACGUAAAGUACUGGCACAAUCAAUUCGUGAUACGAGUCAAGCACUAGGUAAAAUUGAUACUAUCUUAUUAAUCUUGACCUUGGUUAUCACCACUGUCAUCUGUUUAACGGUUUUCAGUGUGGAUUUCUGGGCGGCAUUGAUCCCGUUUGGUACUAUCUUGGCUGCAUGUACCUUUAUUUUUGAUACCUCUGCAAGUAAUGUCUUUGUAGGCAUCAUCUUUCAACUCGUCACUCAUCCUUACGACUCGGGUGAUCUGGUUCAAAUUGAUGGUAUUUACAUGACAGUUGAAAAUAUUGGUAUCCUAGGUACUGUCUUUGUUUCUGCAGAUGGUACCAAAUUAUAUGCUCCUACCACUGUCUUACUUACCAAGAUUAUCUAUAACGUACGUCGUUCUAACAACAUGGGCGAAACGUUAACAUUCAAUAUCGACUUUAGAACUGAGAAUGACCUUAUCUUAACCCUUCGUGAAAGAUUACUAGAGUGGGUUCAAUCUCAAUCUCGUGAUUUUGGACCCGGCUUUGAUUUACGCGUCACUGACAUUAAAGAUAUGAAUCAAGUUAUCUUAACUAUCUGGUUACCUCAUAAAGGUAAUUGGGCAGAUCUUGGUAAACGAUUCCAAAGAAAGACUCGAUUCAUGAUGGCCUUGAAGGCCAUUUUGACAGAUUUAGAUAUCAAAUAUGAAUUACCUGCUCAAAGAAUUACUUCUUCAAGUGAUAGGAAUCUUUUUGACAUUUCUACUAAACCUCAAAGCUUCACUCAGCAUUAAAAAAAAAAAAAAAAAAAAAAAAAAAAAAAAAAAAAA